AUGUGUUUCAUGACUGCCACUGACCCAGCCGCUCAGGUCAGCAGCUCCAUCAGCAGCUCAGGUCAGCAGCUCCAUCAGCAGCUCAGCUCAGGUCAGCAGCUCAGGUCAGCAGCUCAGGUCAGGUCAGCAGCUCAGAUUCCUGCACAUCUCUACAUUUCUACAGUUUUACGACACCAUAAACCAGUGUUUGUGGUUCCUCUGGCGCCCCCUGGUGGUCUCCUGAUGUUUAUAGUCCUGGUCCGCGGGUCACACUGA